GCAAGCGUAAUGCCACAUCCUUAGUUCGCAUGGUCCUAAAGCACACCUUUGCAGGGUUUAUUUUCGCCCAAUUAUUCGACCUAUCAAAAGGUUCGGGGCUGGACCAAAAACAUUCAGGGCUGCUGCCCGGGAAGGCUACCCCUAACAACGCAGAUGGCUUGGUUAUACUCCACUUGCUCAGGAAGUGUCUACUGAUCCACAUCGGAAUGAAACCUGCUAGUCUCCACUGUCCGCUCCGGUGGAGAGAAGACAAAAAACGAUUAAAGAUUGGAAUCAUUGGAGGCUCUGGCCUUGAUGACCCAGACAUAUUGGAGGGAAGGACCGAGAAAUAUGUUGACACACCUUAUGGAAAGCCUUCAGAUGCCCUUGUAAUAGGGAAGAUCAAAAAUGUUGAAUGUGUGCUACUUGCAAGGCAUGGGAGACAGCACACCAUCAUGCCAACAAACGUCAACUACCAGGCUAACAUCUGGGCGUUGCGAGAGGAGGGCUGCACACAUCUCCUGGCCACCACAGCCUGUGGUUCCCUCCGGGAAGAGAUCCAACCAGGAGACAUCGUCAUCAUCGACCAGUUCAUAGACCGGACAACAAAGAGAGCCCAGACGCUGUACGACGGGAGGCCCACCAGUCCCCCAGGCGUGUCUCACAUCCCCAUGGCUGAGCCCUUCUGCACCCGGACCAGGGAGGUGCUGCUGGAGGUGGCGCGGGGCCUGGGGGUGAAGUGCCACCCGCAGGGUACGGUGCUCACCAUCGAGGGCCCUCGCUUCUCAUCGCGCGCCGAGAGCCUGAUGUUCCGCCAGUGGGGCGCCGACGUCAUUAACAUGACCAGCGUGCCCGAGGUGGUCCUCGCCAAGGAGGCGGGUCUUUGCUACGCCAGCAUCGCCAUGGCCACCGACUACGACUGCUGGAAGGAGCAUGAGGAGGCGGUGAGAAAGUUAGUAGACAGGACAGGGAAGACAGGAGGAGAGCGUGUCAAACACGCAGUGGGACGGAUGCGCAUCGACACCCACGCCGGCAGUGGCGUGGAACCUCUAGACAGCAACCCAGUUCUUGCAGCUGACCUCCUGGCCGCCUCCCCCUCCUUCCCCUCCUGUUGCACACCCUCUCGCCACAUCCUUCCGGCUGCUCUACACCCUCCCUCCCUGGCUCCCGCCCUCCUCGCUGUGAGCGUGCCAGCCUCCGCUGUGAGCCUGCCAGCCUCCGGUGUGAAUCCUGCCAGCAGAGGUGGAGUCACCGGUGUGCGUCGACAAGCGUCUGAAGACCAUGAAGGAGAAUACCAACAUAAGGCCAGCAGUAUCCUGCUCACUGUAUUCCCCCUGAUCUGCACCCAGGAGGACUGGACCCACCCCAUAAAGGCUCUGAAGAUGCUGAUUCUCACUGAGUGCGGACACCUGGCUCUGAACCCAAUGAGCCAUAAUGUGAAGGCCCUUAGUCUUACAUUCUCUUCACUAUUCAUCCCUCAGCGACACUUCCAGUCAAUGAGAGUGGGACUGCAAUUUGGCGAUGCUAAACAGAAAUUCCAGUAUGGCACAUGA